UUACGUCCGUCAGUUUACGUCAAGACGUUUGUCUCGGUCACGUGACAACAACCAAAAAUGAGCAAGAAAUGGAGAUGUUUGGAAGGCUUCGGAAAGGGGAAAAAGCCAAAAGAGGAGACGGGAGAAGAGGUUACGACUUCUAAGAAAAGGAAAACUACAUGUAAAAGAAAAUUUCUGGAGUCCUACUUAAAAUAUGCAUUUAUCACCACCGAUGGGAGAAACAAGCUCAAGAAAGAAACAAGAAAGAAACAAGCUCAGUGCUCCCACUAAUUCAACGUAAUGAUGCGCAGCCCCAAGAUGAAGCCUGCAGCAGAAGUUCUUAAAUGGCCGAUAAAGCCACGCGGCAGAGAUGAAAUCCGUGCUCCACUGGCCGUGUUCUCUUCAGAUCAUCAUCAGAGUGUCUUCAUGCGUUUCUGCUGGACUUAAGUGGCUGGAAUGCGCUAAACUGGAGUCACGCUGCGUUCACAACAGUUGACGGGAAAUUACAUUUAUCCCCCCACUUGGAUCCUUUGCUCCCCCGCUAAGUCGCCACGGCGCUGCAGUGACGGACAAUACCGACCGCUAAUCAAGGCAGUACAAUAUUCCAGACAAACGAGGCGUCCCGCUCCAAAGUAUUUCCAUCACUGGCAAGACGACGGUGAUGAGGUCUCCUGGGCAAACAAGAUGGAAUUGCGCCGGUCCGCUAAUGGAUUGUGGAGUGCGAUGUCUCCGGAGCGCUGCCAGUUUUGGCUGGCGUCUGUUGUCGGCACAGCCUUCUUGCACUCGUCCUCCGGUGAUGAUGUCACUUCUCGUUCAGUGGGAACGGCAGACAUGGGGAUUUCAUUUGAAAUCCAAAAUGCAAGUCAGAUGAUCAGCCACGUGGGCUUCCAUUCCACACGGGGUGGCAGAAGCACUUAUGGAAGUGCAGACACAACUGGUCUCCCGCCCCGGCGGAGUCGCUAUCUCCCAGCAUUAAUAACGUCCUCAGCUGCCUCGGUCCCAGAUGACUCCCAGCUGUAAAUGGAAACAGCCAGAAUAGUUUGGAGAUGCUGCCACUUGUUCCAGUCUUCCUCGAGUCGCUCCCGGGCUUGGAGGCCCCCAGGUAACACAUGUCACAACGGCCUGGUGCCCCCCAUGGCCCGCUCAGCCUUGCCGUCUGUUCACAGUGCUCUGAGCGUCAAGCACUUUCUUCCCUUCCCAUUGGACAACGCCUCGGCCGCUCUCAACCUCUUCCCAGGCUUCAAUGCCAUGGACCCGGUCCAGAAGGCCGUCCUACAUCACACGCUGGGCCUCCAGCCCGCUGCCACCAAGAAGAGGCACGUCUCCUGUGGCGUCUGUCGACUGAGGUUCAACUCGCAGAACCAAGCGUUGGCCCACUACAAGGGCACCAAGCACGCCAGGAAGCUAAAAGCCCUGGACGCUCCCAAAAGCAAGCUCAAAGGAACGGCGCUCACCAAGGAGCCCAAAGCAGACAGGAAAGAUGUGGCGCCCCCUUCGCUGUCCCCCGCGCUCCGACUGGCAGAGUCCCACGAAACGCCGACCGACGUUGCCGGAGUCUUAUCCUCGGUCCCGGACGCCCCGGAGAUGACCUCGGAGGUUGAGCUCCACUCGCCCUCAGAACCGGACCUGGACCCGGAUAAAGAACCCGAGAAGGACGCGGAGACAGAAGAGGAGAAAGCUCGGCGUCUGCUCUACUGCUCGCUUUGCAAAGUGGCCGUCAACUCGGCGUCGCAGCUGGAGGCUCACAAUAGCGGCACCAAGCACAAGACCAUGCUGGAGGCCCGCAGCGGCGUGGGCUCCAUCAAGUCGUUCCCGCGGCCGGGAGUCAAAGGCAAGGUGGCGCCGCCGUCCGCGUCCAAGGCGUCUACGGGCCUGCAGAACAAAACGUUUUACUGUGAGACGUGUGACGUGCACGUCAACUCCGAGACGCAGCUGAAGCAGCACAUCAGCAGUCGUCGCCAUAAAGACAGAGCGGCAGGCAAACCGGCCAAGCCCAAAUAUACUCCCUACAGCAAAGGAGCCACCAAGCAGACGCAGAUCAAGUUGACUUUGGGCAAAGAACAUCAGUGCCCCUCCCUGGCCACCCUUCUUCCCGCACAACUAAUGGCCGCCGCGGCCGCCGCCCUCGGCAACACGUUCCCGCAGCGCGCCGGCCACGCCCCCAGCCCCGGCCUCUUCCCGACACCGCCCCUCCUCCGCCCUGCCCCCGGCCCCAUCAGGACCGCCCAUCCGCAAGUCCUCUUUGCGCCGUAUUGAACCCCCCCCCCCACCCCCGAUCAGGCAGCGGCGGCGGACCAGUCUAUGCAUCUGGGAUUCAAGAUGGAGAGCGGUCGGUCAACUUGUACAGCUACAUGAGGGCAAUAAUGUAACACACACACACACACACACACACACACAUGCGUGAACUACUAUGCAGUGUCAUUACUCCAUGAGUGUCGUUGGGUGGCGCGCACGUCCCUGUUUGCACUUUAACUUCUGUUGACGUGCACGUUUGACGUUAGACUCUGUUCAAUGGUUAGACUACGUGUGGUUUUUGGGGGGGUUGUAUUAGUCCUUGCGUAUGUUUACACUAUUCCCGAAAAGUUUGCGAUAUUUGGUUUUGGUGUGAAAUUUCCGCAUGAACCUCAUAUGGACCUUUACGGGCGAACGUAAUUUUGAAUUGGUCCAAUUAAGUUCACUUGUGAAAGUCGUACUGAAAUUUUACAUUAACACCCCAUAUCUAAAAGUUUUUGUGAGUAGUGUGUGUGUGUGUGUAUGCGUGCGUGCGUGUGUGUGUGUGUUUUGUGUGGACCGCCGAUGCUUCUGUGUGUUACGUGUCAAAUGUGUAAAAAAAAAAAAAAAGUGUUCAUUUGAAAUAAAACAAGAGUCCUACUUUGUUAAA